AUGGUUCUUUUCUGCCGCCCAGUCUCUGGUCCAGGACCCAGUGUGCAUCGGGCACGUCACACCCUAUUAGCAAAUCGACUUCGGGAGUGUCGGCUUCUUCGAAACACACGUCUCGCAGGUGCGGCCAACGCACUACCAAUUCCCCGAUCGAUUCUACUGCUCGCAUCGGCAAGUCGGCGAUGGAAAGAAGGUCGGGUUGUGAUGUUGUGGUUAACGGCGAAGCGUUUGGUGAUCAACGUGGUAUUGGAUCCGUUGUCGAUGAACGCCAUCGCCUUCAACAACCCCUUGGAUGUUAGUUUGCCCACUGGUGUUACUCCAAGGCGUAAUUGCUUGUCCGCCGAUUGA